GAGGUCCUUUAAAAACUACGAUGGAUGUUAUUAACGCAGCUAAAAAAAAUUCUGAAGCUGGUACUAAGCUGGAUAAACUAACCAGGGAAAUAGCAGAGCAAUGCCCAGAAAGCAGUAUAAAAAAGGACCUCUUGGCGUAUUUGCAACGCAUUGUCCUAUAUUGUCAUCAAAUUCAAAUAACUUCGAAGUAAAAGGAGACGUUCAAAAUAUAAGCGGUGAACUUAUUGUUUCCGGGCUGGAUAGUGCUACAUCGUUAAUUCAAGCGGCUAAAAAUUUAAUGAACGCCGUUGUAUUAACGGUAAAGUACUCAUAUGUACAAGGCAAGGAACUGUGUCUAGGAUGAGGUCCUUUAAAAACUACGAUGGAUGUUAUUAACGCAGCUAAAAAAAAUUCUGAAGCUGGUACUAAGCUGGAUAAACUAACCAGGGAAAUAGCAGAGCAAUGCCCAGAAAGCAGUA